UAUACGUGUACGGUGUGUACAGUUGGUAAGGCCGUUGCUAGCCCCAGUUUCCGGCAUGAUAAUGAAUGCGAAAGCGUUUUCUUACUUUUCCACGCGGACUCGUUUUUCCAAGAACUUUUCUUUUAUCAAAUAGCAACAAACUACUAGCAUCAGGCAGGAUCUGAUGGUUUCGGUUUGGAUCAGAACGGCGACUCCGAUAAACGUUACCAUCAAGCUGUUGCGUUUUAAAUUCUAAAAAAACUUAUUUUCUUGUGGAAUAUGUUGUGAUGUGCGGACUUCAGCGGAAGCAUGGCUGCCUUUUUGAUGAUGUGGAUGUUAACUUCACAGAACGCUAAAAGGAUACGCUAACUUCGCAGUGUGUUACAUAAUGCGGUCGGAACUACGUAUUAAACCUGCUCCAUUAAAACCCAAGAGUGGGAGUGCAUCUGAACGUAGCAGAUAAAGAACGGCCGACUCCAGCCCGAAAUGCGACGGGCCGCCCCGCAAAAGCCCAACAUUUUACCGGGAAUCACAUGUGCCGGCCGUGACUCUGAUUUAAGCUGGCCAGCGUUCCAAAGCUCUUCCCAGGCACAGCUGUUGCCUUGCUCCAAGUGCGGUAGGACUUUCCUUCCGGAAAGGGUGAAGAUCCACGAGAAGAUGUGUCCGGCCGGAAGGGAGCCGGACAGUCGAAGGGGUCAGCCUGGUGUGAGAGCACGAUCAAGAACGGAAUCCAGAGAAGCCAGGGAUGAUAGUGGAGGCCUCUCGAAAUCUUGGGGUGGGUCAAUUUGUCAGGAAGACGACAGCCAACCUUCCCGACCAGGCACAGCAACUUUGAUCAGACCGAGUACGGUGACUCUGAAACAGCGUGACCAAGUUACCAUUGAUGACGAAGAGUACCAGGUCCCGGAUGAAAGUAUUUCCAACCAGCACCUUCAAACAGACAACUCUUCUACCAUCUCACUGGACAGAAGUGUGGUGCAUCGAGUAGCGAAAUCUCGUCCCAAAAGUGCAAAGAGGGGGCGCCAGACAAAUACCUUACCGCUAUCUUCUCAGCUGGGCACUCCAUCCUCGCAGGCCAGUGGUUCCGUUUCCUCUCGGACCGCUGCUUCUCCCCUGCAACCGAGACCCCCUUCCAAUCCCCGACCAACGCCACCUCCUACCGCUACCUCGAAAUUAGCUCCCAUUAAAGGGGCAGGCAAACCUGUCACUGUCGUCUGUUAUAUCUGCGGUAGAGAAUUUGGCACGAAGUCGAUAUCAAUUCACGAGCCCCAGUGCCUCGAAAAGUGGAAGAUACAGAACAGCCAGCUGCCUAAGCAUCUGCGCCGUCCCGUGCCGAGAAAGCCCCAGGAUCUUGGUUCGGUUCACUCCAAUUCCCCUGGUUCUGAUCUUAGUGGAUACAAUCAGGCAGCGUACCAAGCAGCAAACUCUCAGCUGCUUCCUUGCGGGAAUUGCGGUCGCACAUUUGCACCGGAUCGCCUACCGGUCCAUGAGCGUUCGUGUGGCCGUCCUAAGACAACUACUAUCAGGUCUCGCAACAGCAUGGCAUCAUCUUCGACUUUUGGAAGUCCUAAUGGACGUCCAAGUGCCAACAGCACCGCCAAACCUCGCACACUGAUCUGCUACAUCUGCGGUCGAGAGUUCGGCACCAAGUCGCUUCCCAUCCAUGAGCCCCAGUGUCUCCAAAAGUGGCACAUGCAAAACCAACAGCUGCCGAAGGAGCUCAGGCGGCCGCCGCCAAGGAAGCCCGAGGUUAUCGGAUCGCAGGUUGGUCGAUCUUCCGGGGAGGCUAUGAACGAGGCUGCCUGGCAAGCGCACCUGACGAACCUUGUCCCGUGCGAUAGCUGUGGACGGACAUUUUCGGCAGACAGGAUUGGGAAGCAUGCUGCAUCUUGUCAGGUUAGAAAUCAAGGAAAGGAAAGGAGUACUGGAACCCAGAGGUCAACUUUGGGAAGUGUAAAACAGAUGCAGAUGUCCAAGCCUUACCCAGCGGUCAGGCGCCCUCAGACCGUCAUAUGUUAUAUCUGCAGCAGGGAGUUCGGGACCAAGUCCAUCUCAAUUCACGAACCGCAGUGCUUAAAGAAAUGGGCGCUGGAAAACGAGCGUCUUCCCAAAGAGUUGAGGAGACCGCCACCGGUCAAGCCACAGGAGAGGGUGAUCAAAGGAGGGUCUGGGGUGUACAGUGUGGAGCAGAUGAACGAAGCAGCGUGGCAGGCGUCCCAGGCCAACCUCGUACCUUGUGAGACGUGCGGGCGGACCUUCCUUCCAGACCGCCUGAUUGUUCACAAGAAAUCGUGCAAGCCCAAGAACUGACCAUGAAGAGUGUCAGGAGUCCGUGGAAAGCAACUCUUGGAUGUCGCGAUUAAGUCAGUCCAUGCAUGCUAGGCCGUACCUGAAAACACGCCUCCUCGCACUGGCAUCUUGGGAGUUCCAGCAUAGCCUUUGACUGUGGGGAGCCGUGGACAAUGACUUUUGGCUUGUAGCCUGUACAUUUGUCUCACCAGUCUUUGAUUAGAUGAAAUUUUAUAUACAGUGCCAUGCUAUGUAUUUAAGCAAACUGAAAUAUGUGUAUAUAUCAGCCAUAGUUUCUAGAGAGAUCUAUUUUAGAUGACGUUCUACUGAUGUGUUCACGAAAUUCAGGCUUUACCGUGAUUAGUAAACAUAAAAGCGGUUCAGUGUUGAA